UUAGAUCGCUUUCCUCCCACAUCCCAAUGGUCAAACUUUGCGUUCUAUGCUCUGAAAAUCGGGCCAUGAUCAAGCGGCCUAAGACAGGUCAGCAGAUCUGUCAAAAGUGCUUCUUUUAUGUGUUUGAGACCGAGAUCCACAAUACGAUCGUCGACAAUAACCUUUUCAAACGAGGUGAACGGGUGGCGAUCGGUGCCAGCGGUGGCAAAGACUCGACUGUCCUUGCGCAUGUAUUGAAAACGUUAAAUGAACGAUACGAUUACGGUUGUGACCUUUUCCUUUUGUCAGUUGACGAGGGCAUUACGGGCUACCGAGACGACUCACUCGAAACUGUAAAACGCAAUCAACAGCAGUAUAGUUUGCCCCUCAAAAUCGUAUCGUACUCUGAUCUAUAUGGGUGGAGCAUGGACGAGAUCGUCAAGGAAGUCGGUCGUAAAAACAACUGCACCUUCUGUGGCGUAUUUCGACGACAGGCGCUGGAUCGUGGCGCAGUGAUGCUGGGUGUGGAUCAUAUUGUCACAGGGCACAAUGCAGACGAUAUUGCAGAAACCAUUCUUAUGAACAUCUUCCGAGGUGAUGUGGCUCGUUUGGGUAGAUGCACUGAGAUCUUCACUCAAGGAGAAAGCAUGAUUCGACGAUCCAAGCCGUUCAAAUACACCUACGAAAAAGAAAUUGUUAUGUACGCAUAUUUCAAGAAACUCGAUUACUUUUCGACUGAAUGUAUCUAUUCUCCCAACGCAUAUCGUGGUCAUGCACGAACCUUUUUGAAGGAUUUGGAAUCCAUUCGGCCAAGUGCAAUUAUAGACAUUAUCCAUUCGGGUGAAGCGUUUGAAAUUAAAGCGGACAUCAAGAUGCCAACACAAAAGACGUGCCAACGAUGUGGCUACAUGUCUUCUAACGAGAUUUGCAAAGCAUGCGUGAUGCUUGAAGGUUUAAACCGAGGGUUACCUCAGCUUGGUAUUGGCAAGGGAACGCGGAUGCGUCGGCAACUGUCAGAUUCGACAAACGACACAGCCGACAAAGAGAAUGCUGCUGAGCAGCAGCAACGACCUGCACGGAAGCAAGUCCAGCAUUUCUCAGAAAUCCAGCGUGAUACCACCAUCGCACCCAUCAAGCCACGGGAUCCAUCCUCAGUACAUACGCCACCACCUCGCGUCCCAACCAACAUUAUAUCUGAAGCGAGUAACAAGCCGGAUAAGAAGGAUUUGAGCUGGUGAUUAUAACAGACCUCUGCACCGGGAAUAAUUAAAAGACAGUGAUUCUUCGGUGGUAUACACAGGAACCGAAUAGAUAAUAUAAAUA